GUAAAAGUAGGAAAGAAGAAAAUGGCUGGGAAUAAGCAAAGCCCCAGCCAUGCUGACUAUAAAAGCCAAUCUACUGAUUUUAUUUUGCAGUCAGAUUCAGUUUGCCCACUGGACAACAACUCCCUCCGCCAUCCACCAUGAAUUUCAUUACCUUGAGAGAAAGCGCAUUUGUAUGCCUGCUUUUGCUUCAGUUCACGAUCUGUUGGGCUCGACCGAUUGCAGUGAAGUCGCAGAAUUUCAUGAUUCCUCGAGUCACUCGCAGCGAUCCCAGUCUGUCUCAAGAUUACCAGCAGUUUCAAGCCGAGAAUGCAGCUGAUCUGGCAGCUACAACUAUCGAGCCUUUCAUCCCAACAACUGAAGGCUUACCUGUAGCAGACUUUAUCGACGCUGAUUUAAUAAGGAUUGAAGAUCAAAUCAAUCCGUUCAUUAUAAAUGCGGCUGAUCAGAAGGAAGAGCCAGUCGAUGUGGAGAUUCUCAGCGGACCAGCAUCUUUGGAUUCUAUCCCAACUGAUUUUGCAUCUUUUGUCAACUUUCAGGAUGCCAUCGAACUCGUUUCAAACGACGGCCAGUUUACACCUGAACAAGAGGAUCCUUCUAUCGAUUCCAGAAUUACGUCUGAAAUCAAUGCUGAAGCACCUGUCGUCGAUCUUUCUCAAUCGGUUUUAUCAUCCGACCAAGAGGAUUUCCUUCCGAUCCAUUCACCAUCUGUGGAACCUGCUUCACCAGUCGAACCCAUCUUCAUUGCUCAUGUGUUACCUCUUGAACCUGUUGUAUCGUCUCCGGAGAAAGUAGAAAUUAGUUCUUCAAAUCGGGAUUAUCCACCAGUGAUGAAGGAAGCCUUCCCUUACUCGGAUGAUGGCCUUCUUCAACCGUAUUAUCCAAGUUCAGAGAAAGUCGAAUUGAGGGAUUACUUCCCUAACCGUCCGUUUGGAUCACUUCCUAAACCGAGAGAGCUGGGCUUCCCUCCCGUGUCCAACACGCGUGAAAACGUGAUGCGUGACGUCAAUUGGCAAGCUAAAAUCGGUCGAGCUUAUCGUUCAAGCUGAUUCUAAAACUUCCCUUUUGUUGAAUACCGUUUAAAGCGCUUUUCUUUCAUAGUGGUGAUGAUACAAUAAAAUACAGUCAUAAAUUUUGAAA